UCAGGGAGAUAGCAGACGAGAAAAGUGUUUUACUCUGGGAUUGUAUCUAGCUAAUAGAAGAAUUCUGUGGUGUUUAGAUCUGUGGUGCAAAGAAAUUGGCACAACAACGUGGACAAAAUAAAGGUAAGAAGUGUUGAGUUGUCUGAAUGCUUCAUCCACCCUCCCCAGACACCUCAGCGUGUUCUCCAUGAACAUUGACUCGGACUACAACAAAGGAAACUUGAAGAACAGCCUAGCUCCUAUCGCUAGUUUAGAGUGCAUAGAUGAAAGUUCAGCAACUAGUGAUGGAUCGAGAACAUUGCCACCCAGCAGACAAAUAUCGCUUUCUCCGGCCACGGGAAUUCGAUACAAAAACCUCGGGAAGUCCGGUCUUAAGAUUUCAAGCGUAGGAUUAGGUGCUUGGGUAACAUUUGGACAAAGCCUUUCCGAAGAACAAGCCGAAGAAAUCGUCCAAGCAGCCUAUGACCAUGGGAUCAAUAUAUUUGACACUGCAGAUGCCUAUGCAGGAGGAAGGUCUGAAAUUUUGCUUGGAAAAAUACUUAAAAAUAGCUCUUGGAAACGUUCCAGUUACAUUGUGGCAACGAAGCUGGUUUGGGGUAGCAAGUUGGACUCAGACAGAGGACUUUCAAGAAAGUUUAUUUUAGAAGCAAUUGAUGCCAGUUUGGACAGACUUCAGAUGGAUUAUGUUGACAUAGUUUAUAUUAACAGGACUGACCCAAUGUGUCCGAUCGAAGAGGUUGUGCGUGCGUGUACACAUGCCAUCAACCAUAGUAAAGCUAUGUAUUGGGGUACUUCAAGAUGGACCAUGAUGGAAAUAAUGGAAGCUUACUCAGUUGCCAGACAAUGCCACUUGAUUCCCCCGUCCGCAGAACAAACAGAAUAUCAUAUGUUCCAACGAGAGAAAGUAGAAAUUCAUCUACCAGAGCUCUUUCAUAAAAUAGGUACCGGUACAAUCACGUGGUCUCCUCAAGCCUUCGGACUCUUGACGGGCAAAUUUGACGAAGGAGUCCAACUUCUAUCGAGGGGAUCAUUGAAAAGUCUUUCAGCACUUCAGGAUCGCAUGAAUACCGAUGGCAGUCCAAAGCACCAGUACAAGAUGAGAGAACUGAAUCACAUAGCAGAUAAGCUGGGUUGUUCUAUUACACAGCUCACAAUUGCAUGGUGUCUGAAAAGUGAACAGGUGCAGUGCGUCCUUCUUGGAGCUCUGUCUGUGGAAGCUUUAUAUGACCAACUUCAAGCCUUGCAGAUUAUUCCUAAGCUCACGACCAACAUAUCCAGCGAAAUCGAGAAGAUUCUAGACAACAAGCCCACAAGGCAUCCUCUGCAAAGGUGACUGGUGCAGAGUCGAGGUCCGUCCGCGGACCUCGGCUCGCCCUCUGACCAACCCCUGAGCCCUAGCAAGGGUGGAGACACGAAUCACACGGCCAAUUCACCAACUGGAGAUCCUCCCCACAACGACCAACCACCCUCAAGCCUAAUGGACACAAUAAGGUCAUCGUGUGUUUUGCAGUGAAAGAUUCACUUACUGCCAACUCUGCUUUGCACAAACAGAUGGCAAAACUACAUUUUUCUGUUAUAUAUAUAUAUGAAUGAAUAACUUCAUUUUAGUUAAAAAGGAUUUUUUUUUAACAUGUCCUGCCAAUUUAUUUGGCAUAACUCAGUUUGAGCUUUACGACGAGUACUUGUCCGAGACUGUGAGUUCAUUAGUCUGUCAAGGGCACAAUAUUUAUGGAUAUUCAUUCAGCAUUAAUUCUAAAAAUGGUCGACUGUUGCGCCAUCUUUUGAGAACACAUAAUAUUGACAGUUUUAAAUAUUUAAAUACAAAUGCAUGAAAUCAAAAAAAAUUUUAUAAUGUUGUAAGAACAUUAACAUAUUUAAAUAUCCCAACACAUCUCCAUGGACUUGAAGCAAAAUAAUGUAAUGUUGCGAUAAUGAGAUAUACGAUACGAUAUGAGAUAUUGCGAUAAUGUGGCGAUAAUAAUAAAAUCCUUCUUAAUAUAAUCAGAAAAAAUUGUGCAACGUUGUAACACAUAUAUUCAAACUUUGAAGAAUCAUAAAAUGUUAUAACACUUUAAUAUGCACGACUUUCAAAAGAGAAAAUAAAAAGAGUUUUUUAAAGAGCAACCUGCUAU